UUUUUGUUUCAGUAGAAGACACUGUCAAAGAUUGUCUCUUAAUUGUUCUUGAAUUUUUUGUGUUACAUCAAAUAGUAUUUUUUCAUGUCAUCCACAGUGUUUCUCAUCCAUAAGCAUGAUUUAAUUUAAGUAUUUACAAUAAAUAACUAUGGCUGAAGAAUCUGGAUGUGGUGAAUUACAACAAUUAGUUCAAGAAGAAGAAUGUGAGGAACCAUUAAGUCACGGUGGAGAAGCUACACCACCUUCGACACCAGCAAGGUCUCUUCACCCAAGUAAAAAUGAUACACAUAGUUCUCAUGUAUCGCAACAAGUGCUAUGGGAAACUAAUGUACAAACAUCACCAAUUGUUAGUAAAGGGAGUUCUGGUCAAGCAACAAGUCAGGGAUCUAUGGCAUCUAGCCGUGCUGUAAAUCUUUCAAAUAAUGGCAAUCAGUCUCGUUUAAUUUAUAUGAAUGAGAAGGAAAAGCAGAGACCAAAUAAACCUGAACUAUCAAAAGUUAAUCGUCAACAUAGAGCCAUGGCACCAUGCAAACAUCAUUGCUUUUUGUCAGAGGUUCCUGAUGUUCGUCGCAUGGAACAAGCUUUAUUACAGCUUCUAGAAGAUUUUCAUAGUGGCAAUUUACGAGCAUUUGGAAAAGACUGUAGCAUGGAGCAAAUGACAGAAAUACGUGAACAACAAGAACGAUUAGCUAGACUUCAUUUUGAGUUAGGUCAAAAACAAGAAAUUGGUGGUGAACAAUCAGGUCUGCGACAUUCGAGUGCUAAUAUGCGUCAUUUAUUGCAUCGUCUCCAACAGCUUAGUGUUUGUAUCGAACAAUUACAUAGCAAAUAG